AUGUUUAGUCAGAGAUAUGAUCCUUUAGCAGAAGAGAAUAACGGCAGUCGACCAGCCGAUUCUGGAUUUGGCGUGAGUCUAAAGAAAAGAAAAUUAAGUGAUGAUGAGAGUUCUGAUGAGGAAGAAGAAGAGGAAGAAACAGAUGAGUCUGAACAUGAAUCUUCCCAGGAUGAAGAUAUCAACGAAGAAGAACCAGAAGAAGAAGAUGAAGAUACCAACAAAGUUGACGACAACAUGGAAAUUGAUCUGCAGCCAGAAGUAGAUCCAGAUUAUAUUCACAAACAUCAAGCAAUUUUCAACAAAUUCAAACAGUCCACAGAAUCAGAAACAAUUGAACAAGACAAAGAAGAAGACGGAGAAGAGGACGCAAAUAUUGAACAACAUAGUCUUGUCCCAUUACCACAACCAGCAUUGCCAAGAGAUCGAAAACUAUCAUCUGUGUCAACUCAUACAAAGAACCUAGAUUGGUUAACUAAACCGCAAUAUGCUUCACCACUGGAUAAAAAGGCUUUCACAGAUUUUAAAUCAUCGUCAUUUAUGAUAAAAAAUUUGGAAAAAAUGGGAUUUACUGAAGCAUUUUCCGUACAAAUAAGUGUUCUUAAUAUGAUGCUCCCAGAGAUCGAAGCACAAAAACUAAAACCAGAUCGUGUUGGUGAUAUUCUUGUUAAUGCAUCUACUGGGUCAGGUAAAACUUUAGCGUAUCUGAUUCCCAUAAUUGAAAGUCUAUACCGAAGAGUAGUUCCAAGAGUGAGGGUGAUUAUAUUGGUUCCGACAAAACCUUUAAUCAAUCAAGUCAAAUCAACAUUAUUACAACUCUCGAGUGGAACCAAUUUACAAAUUGCAGCAUUGAAAAAUGAUGUAUCUAUAAAUGACGAAAAAGAUCUGUUAACCAAAUCUGUUCCUGACAUUAUAGUUAGUACGCCAGGUAGACUUGUGGAGCAUUUGCUUAAUGAUUCUAUCAAUUUAUCAAGCUUGCAAUAUUUGAUAAUUGAUGAAGCUGAUAGAUUAUUGAACCAAAGUUUCCAAAAUUGGUCGAAUGUGUUAUUAGAUAAAAUAGAUUCACAAAUCAACAUUGCAGAAGUUUGGAAAUUAUCAGUGCAGAAAUUGGUGUUUUCGGCUACAUUAACAACAGAUGCCGGGAAAUUAUCAAGUUUGAAAUUUUAUAAUCCAAGGUUGAUAAUUGUUAAUGAUUCCAAACAAUUGGUUAAUGAAAUAUUCACUGUUCCCGUGACAUUAUCUGAAUUCAAAAUUCAUUUGGGUGUGGCAAAGAAUUCAUUGAAACCAUUAAUUUUAACCAAAUUUUUAAUAUCAACAAACAAGUUGUCUAAUGUGCUCAUAUUCACCAAAUCUAACGAAUCAUCAAUCAGAUUAACUGAAUUGUUAACCAGCUUAUUUCAAAAACUUUCUAUCAAUUUAAAGAUUGCCUUUAUUAAUUCAACAAAUAACAGAACAUCAAUCCGUUCUAAAAUACUAAAACAAUUUAGUAACCAAGAAGUUAACAUUUUGAUCACUACUGAUUUAAUUGCCAGAGGUAUUGAUGUGGCAUCUAUCACCGAUGUCAUCAACUACGACUUACCAAAUUCUUCCAGAGAAUAUGUUCACAGAGUUGGAAGAACUGCGAGAGCCAACCAAGUAGGGUAUGCAUACAGUUUCUGUUUUGGUAAGGGAGAAAAUAGUUGGUUCAAAAAAUUAGCCCAUGAAGUGAGUCGAAGUAAAGAAGUUGAAAACGUGGACUUGAAUGUAAAAGAAUUAAUAUCCGACAGAGACGAAGAGAUUUAUCAACAAGCAUUACAUGAGUUACAACAACAAGCUAAGAAAUAA